UAAUGUUGGAUUUCUACAGUUCUCAUUUACCCUCGUACCUCUAGUGACAGCGUGCUAAUUAAAAGAAGCUUUUGUAAAAUGUUUGUGGGCCCAUACUGCCCAAUACAAAUAUUUUGUGAUUUUUGAGACGUCUGUUAAUUACAGUUGAUUUCGAAUACUGUGUUAGAUUUGUUAUCCAAGUAUUGUAGCAGUUAUCUCACUCACCUUUACUCAUUCUAAUAUUAUCAUAGUUAUGAUUCACAGUUGGGUUUAUAGUUUAUUGCCGUCAUUGAUUCCAUUAAGUCUAUUAAUUUAUAUAUGUAGUCCAUGACACGUCUGCGAUAUAUUGACGUGCGUCUCGCUUCCUUCUGAGAAACAUGUUUGUGCACGUGACGGCCAUCUCUGUGUGAGAUGUCUCUGCAUAGGGUGGAUAUAAGUUUUUUCGUGGGUGGGUCUUUAGGUAACGUGUAAUAUGUGUUAUGUAGGAGGAGGUUUAUAGAAAUUAUGAGCUGAUUAAUACAAAGGCGUCAUCACAUCAGCAUUGCUACUGUGAUGCGCAGCAUUGUUUUGACAUGACACCCAAAUGGUUGCUGAUCAUGAGUAACGAAGACCGUGUGUGAAGGAAGUGAAGAUAUCACAAUGAUCGACAAGUGCUCGGAGUUGUAAUUGUUGGCUAUUGAAUGGGCACUGAAUAAUACUGCAACAACUUGACGGAAAAAUAGAAAAUUUGAUUGUAUCAUUCAGUGAGCGAAAACAAUGUCAUCAGAAUUUUUAAUUGCUGUUCCACAUGAACUGCCUAAACAGGAUAGCUUAGUAAACAGCAGCAGAGAAGGAAAGAUGCUUGAUGAAGAUUACACGAAUAAUCAUUUGGAACAAAAACUUUCACACGGAGUACCUCAGUUUUCAUGCAUUAGAAAUUUUCCAUUCAAUAACAGUAUGAAAUUUUGUGACAUGAGAGUGCCUGACCACACUGCAACCAAAAGGCACACAUUAGAUGAUGAAUUGGAUACAAGGCUUCCAAAACUAAUAAAACUACAGUCUAAAUUUACUAAUUAUCGUUCAGAGGCAGCUGUUGACAUGGUAGAUGCAGUUGCAAUUAGGUCUCAGUUCAUUAAAAAUGAUGUUAACUUAGGUGAGGUUGUAGAAAAUCCAUCUAUUGAUAAAAGUGAAAGAACAGAUGUUUUAGUAGAAGAAACAUCACUUCAGCAACUUGCAAAUGAAACAUUGGAAGCAUGUAACUCUGAUCAUAUCUCGGUGGAAGCCAUUGGUGCUCACAGCUGUGCUGCAAUAGAAAAUGGCUCUUGCUCAGACAGAAAAUCUUCAGAUCAGGAACAAGAUUUUUUGCAAAUGGAAACAGAGACUGCUGUAUUGAAAUUUCAAAACAGAAAUGACAGUUCUGCUUCGCUUGUAGCGGGUCAAGUCUGUGUUACAGAAACUGAAAAUUCAUUGCUAAACACUGAGCAACGUGUAUUUUUUGCCCAUGAAUUUGUGGGUGCAGAAACAGAGGCAGAUGAAUAUCAUAAUGUUCAUGAGUCACUUUCUCUUUCAGAAUUUUUGAUAUGCCCUACUGGUUUUGAACAGAAAGAAAGUUGUGAUUCAUUGUUGCAUUCUGUUCACAAGGAGGAAACAGAUGACAGUAGUGUUACUGCUGCUAUUGAUGUCUCUCCUGGCAUGGAAGGAAUGGAUGCACAUGUCUUGUUUCACAAUGAAAGUGAAAUAUCGGGACAUGCAAGCACUAGUUUUGACAUGGACAAUAAGUCAAUUGGUAAAGCUGUAUGUGACAAUACAGGUAACCCUUUGUGCAAAACUCGGAAUUUGACACACAGUGCAGAAGUAGAAACCAGUUUAAAUUUAUUGCAUAAUAAAAUUCCAGGCAGUGAUAUGGCAAUAAAGAGGCAAGCAGUGGUUAAGGAAGAGUUCCCCAUAAAAGAAGAAGCGGAAGAGGACGCCAGUCUGCGUAACCGUGAACUCGAUCUUGAUGAUGAUAGUGUACUUCAGAAUUUGUUCAUGUCACUUGAGAACCACGAGAUAGUGACAGAAAGUGUUUCUACUUCUACAUAUGGUCAUCAUGAGUCAUCAGAUACAGGGCCUAAUCAAGAUUUGUAUAACAGAACUGCAUACAAAGAAAAUUUAGCUGCAGCCCUAGCAAAAUCAGCUGCUGCUAAGGAGUAUUCUGUGAAGCCACAUACUGAGAAUGGAAACGAAAUAAUAGACAGAGACUUGUCAAUACCUGACUUGAUUAGUGAGUCAGGGUGUUUCCAGGUUGCAGGGCACUAUGCUAGCAGAGCACAGAGCUGCAAUGAAGAAAACAACACUCGAAGUCUCCAUCAAACUUUGUUUCCUGUUGUAGCUGAGACAACCCCAACCCAGAAAACAACCUUAACACAGAAAACAGAAGCAUCAUUUGAAAAAGUGAAGAAAACACGUGAAGAACGGCUGCUCACCAGUUUACCAAGAUGUUUUGUUGCAAAGAUUCCGGCCACUAUUGUACAGUCCUCAGAAAACAGAUCUGAUUUUGUUUCCACUUCAGGAUCUGAAACUGAGAAUAGUAUUAAACCAGACACAGAUGUUAUUCAUAAGCAUCACAAAAAGGAAUUAAUAAAGAAAUUCUCAUCAGGACUUUUAAAAGAUGGAGAAUGUGAAGUGAGAAGUUCCAGAGACAACAGAAUACACACUGAAACUGCAUUGAAAGAUUCUGCUCUUCCAUCAACAUCUACUGCAACCACAAAUGAAGAUAAAUGUAUUAAGGACACUAUUGUGAUAUCCGAUUCAGAUGAUGAUAGCAUAAUUGAAUUUGAUGUAGUGAAAACAUGUAGCAAGAAACGCAACACAAAAUCUUCGUAUAGUGGCUCAUUGGAUAAAAACACUCAGUCCAGCAGCCGCAAAGGUACAUCGAGUACCAGGAAUUCAACAAAUGAGGAAUCAUUAGGACAUCAAGCAAGAAAUUCCAUUGCUAAAGGGAGCGAUAUUCUGGAGUGCAUUGUUGUGUCAGACUCUGACGACGAGUCUUCAAAUGCAGUACUGUCAUCAAGAAACAGAGCAUCUAAUCAUUCAGAUGAAGGUGUAAAUGUAUCGGAUGCUGAGUCACGUGUUUCUGUCAGUGACAUGAACCGUAGAAACAGAACUGAAAGUCAUGGUGUAAUUGAUUUAUCAGGAGGCAGAAGCCCACCUGCCAUGCCUAAAAGUAAUAGUGUUGUACCUUCAGCAGGUGACAGUGGUGUUGGUGUGCUUGCCACUGCGUUUGCUGCUGGUGAUUCUCAGUGUAGUCUGGCAGACAGGUUGGGAGUGCGUAACAGUGGACUGGAUACUAACACCAGCGACACUUUCACACACAUUGUUGCUGCUACCAUAACCUAUACACCUGGCCAAAGCAAUUUAGGAAGAGAUGGUGAUGUGAUUGAUCUGUCUAGGAGAAACUUAAGUCCGUUGAUAACUACUUGGCAAAAUAAGACUAAUAGUGCACUGGAUGUUCUGGACUUAUCAGGUAGUGAUAAGAAACAACAGGAAAGACAUAGUGUUAUAAAAUCUGUGGGAACUGCUACAGAUAAUAAAUCAGCAACAAAGGAUAUUGCAGAAGACAAAGACAGUUCACCUGCAUGGAGCUGCCCUAUCUGCUUUGAAAGUCUUUUAUCUGGUCGACAGUCUGUGUCCUCUACUCCAUGUGGUCAUGUAUUUUGUACAAAAUGCAUUGAAGAAGCUGUUAAUCAGUUCAAGAAAUGUCCUACUUGUUGCAGGAAAGUUGCUCUCAAACGUGUUCACAAAAUAUUUCUUUAAUUUGAUUUAUGUUGCAAGAUAAAAUAACAGGAAAGUUAUUGUUGUGCUGACAGACAAGAUAAAGAAGAAGUGUUAAUUUUAGUGAGAAAAUUAAACUCGACAAGAUACAGAAAUACAUUGAAUAACACUAAAUUAGGGAUGUCUGUUAUCUGCCUUCAUUUUCCAAGUAUGUAUGUUUUACUGUUGGAAGUUCCUAGACUGCCAAGCACAGUGUUUGUGUUUUGAGAAGCUCUGUGCUAUAUGUGAUGUUGCAAUAAUGAGGUGUACAUCACUGGCCAAAGUAUAUGUUUCUCUACUUUGCUGUGAGCACAAGAAAUAUGAAUCAUGAUAUUGGUUUGUAAUCAAGGAGAUGUGAAAAAUGUGAAUGAGACUGUUCAUGUGUAGUGUAUGUUGUUAAAUCUUUGUAUUACUUAUUUAUAUCUGUAUUUUAUUGUUUCUGCAUUACUUAAUUUUUUAUUAAAUACAGACAAAAAUGUAGAUUACUGUUUGCAUAUUUUAAUACAAUAAGGAUAUAUACAUUUUAUCAAUAAUGGUAGUUUGUAUAUUUGAUGCUUUAUAUAUAUUAUUAGACAUUGUGUAAAAGAAUGCUCAUCAGUAUUUAUCAUCUCAGUCCUAAUGACUGAUUUGCUUCACUAAGCUUGCAUACAAAGUAUCAGUAUGCAAACAGAAGAAAUGCCAUGGUAAUUUAUGUGCAGUAUCGUAAGAAUUCGUCAUAAAUCGCUAAGUCACUCUUUUGCCUCAAAUCAUUUUAUGUACAAAAAAAUAAAAAUAUAGUUUGCUGAAAAUAUUUUAUAACAGGCGGAGCUGAUGAAUUUAAUGUGACAGGAGGAACUAACAGUCACUUGUGCAAAGCAGUUUGAUGAAAUCGAGUCCAAAGAGAGAAUAAUCUCAUGAAAAUUACUUAAUGAACUUUGUGUUUCAGUAAUGAAUUUGUAUGAUAGUUAUGUAUUUAACUACAACUUGAUGAAAUCUGAGAAGUGCUGUCAUUGUUGCCAAGGAAAUCACUGCACACAGUUUGCAGAAUUUAAUUAAUUAUCGUAAUUAAAUGUCUAUGGCUCUUUCCUUUUCCAUGGUACAUAGGGUGUAAGUAUAAGCUAAACAGUGUGUGUCCCAUUUGCAAACAAACAUAAACAGAAUUACAAUAUUCAGUCAUUCUUAAAUUUGACAGUGUGAACAGUAAAGAACUUCCUUUCGCUAGAUUCUCGAGACAAAGUACAUGAGAAUCUCAUAAGUUCCAGAGAGGUAUUUCCACUGCGCUCCUGUGACUGUUGAUACAAAUUACAAUGUACUUUUGUGUUAAAACAGUAUGAUUUCAUUUAUACCCACUAUGAUAUGAUAUUUGUUGCAUAUCUGUUUUGACUGUGAAUUAGCUUGAUUAGACAAGGGAGUGAUAAGGGGGGGAAAUCCCAGAAACAAAUGCAAUGUAUUGUUUUCCCUUGAAUAAAGUUGUGUACUGAAUUA